AUGAUAUAUAUAUUUAAUAAAGUAUUAAAAUUUAAGAUAUUUGUGAAUAAAAAUGAGAACGGCGACUUGAACAAAAGGCAAUUAAAGCUAGAUAUUGGAACCGGCUUUUGGUCGCACUUUGACCUGGAAAGGAUAAUUAUAGGACAGUUACAAUGCAAAAAAUCAUUCAACUUUUAUCCGUAUAUACCCGGAUAUUACUCGGGUUUAUAUGAUAAAGCUGAACAGAGUACCUUAGCUUCUAACGAUUGCGGACGGCGUAUACUUACCGACAUAAUAAAUGAUUGUAAGAAGGCGCAAUGGAUGCAAGUUGAAUUGGACGCAAAAUAUGCUAUUUUGUGA